AUGCCCCAAUUACUCAGCAGCCGCGAUGCCAACCUGUUCCGCCAGGUCAUCCGCAACUAUGAGGAGAAGGAGUACAAGCGCGGCCUCAAGGCAGCCGAGCAGAUCCUCAAGAAGAAUCCGCGACAUGGCGACACGAUGGCGAUGAAGGCGCUGAUUCUCAACGGCCAGGGAAAGACGGACGAGGCGUUUGCGCUGGGCAAGGAGGCGCUGACGGUGGACAUGAAGUCGCACAUCUGCUGGCACGUGUACGGGCUGCUAUAUCGAGCCAACAAGAACUUUGAAGAGGCCAUCAAGGCAUACAAGUUUGCCCUGCGGCUGGAGCCCGAAUCGCCGCAGAUCCAACGUGACCUGGCGAUUCUGCAGGUGCAGAUGCGCGACUAUGCCGGCUACGUGCAGAGCCGCCAGGCCAUCCUGCAGGCACGGCCGCAGCAGCGAAUGCACUGGACCGGCCUGGCCAUUGCCCACCACCUGGCCGGCAACCUGGCCGAAGCCGAGCACAUCCUGACCAUGUACGAGGACACGCUGAAGAACGAGCCGCCACGCACCGACGUUGAGCACUCCGAGGCGCUGCUGUACAAGAACGCCAUCAUCGCCGAGACCGGCGACAUCCAACGGGCGCUCGACCACCUCGAGUCGGCCGCAGCUGACCGGGCGCUCGACCGGCUUGCCGUGCUCGAGACCCGUGCCCGCUACCUCACGCUGCUGGGUGCCGACCGCAGCACCGAUGCGGCCGUGGCCUGGCGCGCCCUCAUCGACCGCAACCCGGACAACUCCAAGUACUACGAGGGCCUCGUGCAGACCCUCGGCCUUGCCGACGACCAGAGCCCCGAAGCCACAGCCACACGUCUCGCCGUGCUCGACGAGUACUCGGCCAAGUAUCCCCGGAGUGAUGCUCCGCACCGUCUGCCGCUCAACUUUCUGACAGGCGACCUAUUCAAGGAGAGGGCACGAAAGUACCUGUUCCCAAUGCUUGACAAGGGCAUCCCAUCGCUGUUUGCCAACGUCAAGCACCUCUAUGCCGACGAGGCGAAGAAGGAGGCGCUGCGGAUGCUGGUGGAGGAGUACCUGGCUGCACACAGCUCGGACGAGGCCAAGGCGAACGGCGCAGACGAGAAGAAAGAUGCGUCCAAAGGCGAGGGUGCGGCGCUGUACUACCUGGCACAGCACCACAACUACUAUCGCAGCCGGAACCUGGACCAGGCGGACGUGUACUGCGACCGGGCGAUCGGGUUGGACGGCAAGAGCGUGGACUUCCAGAUGACCAAAGCGCGGAUAUGGAAGCACCGGGGCGACCUGCAGAAGGCGGCCGACGCGAUGGAUGCGGCACGACAGCUGGACACACGCGAUCGCUACAUCAACAGCAAGGCGGCCAAGUACCGGCUGCGGAACAAUGAGAACGAGGCGGCGAUCAAGACGAUGGGCCUGUUCACGCGGCCAGAGUCGGCAGCCGACCCGCUGGCCGACCUGCUGGAGAUGCAGUGCGUGUGGUAUCUGACGGAAGACGGCGAGGCCUAUGCGCGUCGCGGCAACGAAGGUCUUGCGCUGAAGCGUUUCCACGCCGUCAGUGCCGUCUUUGACGUCUGGCAGGAGGACCAGUUCGAUUUUCACGCCUUUUCGCUGCGCAAGGGCAUGAUCCGCGCCUAUGUCGACCUGGUCCGCUGGGAGGACCGGCUGCGCGAGCACCCAUUCUUCACACGCGCCGCUCUGGAUGCAGCCCGGCUGUACGUGGCCAAGUUUGACCACGCACAAGGCAGCGGCGACAAGACGGCCAACGGCACCGCCGGGGCCAACGGCAACGCGUCGGCAGAGGCUUCACCACCGUCGGCAGCCGAGGCGGCCGAGAAGAAGAAGGCGGCCAAGAAAGCCAAGAAAGAGGCGCUGCGGGCCGAGAAGGAGACGGCCGAGAAGGCGGCCAAGCAGGACCCGAACAAGGCCACGGCAGCGGCAGCUGACGCCGGCGAGAUCAAGAAGAAGGACGAUGAUCCGCUCGGCCUCAAGCUGGCCGCCACGGCUGAUCCGCUGGCCGAGGCCACCAAGUUUGUUGCGCCUGUGCUGCAGUUUAGCCCCAAGAGCCUGGAAGGCCAGCUUGUCGGCUUUGACAUUUAUCUACGACGGAGUGAGUUUUUUUUUCUUUUUUUUCUUUUUUUUUUCCUUUCUUUCUUUCUUUUUCUUUCUUUCUUCUUUUCUUUUUUCCUUUUCGCUGACUGUACAGAUAAAUUCCUGCUGGCCCUACGCUGCCUCAACGCAGCCCGCGCGCUCGACGCUGACAAUGCGCGGGUCAAGGAGCAGACGGCCGAACUGCGGCGUGCACUCGACGCAACCGCCGUGGCCAAGCUGCCGGCUAAGGUGCAGGAGGUCCUGGCGGCCGAGUUUAAGGCUUGA